AAAAAAAAAAGGAAAAAGGGAAAGGAUGUGGGAGAAGAAAGAUGGGUGGUGUAGUGGAAAUCAUGUUGACCACCCCAACACUAUUCUAUUCUCCAUUCGACUUUUUCUUUUAUUUUCCCUACAAAUCUAUCAACAGAGUUCCCCUGUUCCUCUCUCUGUCUCAUCUCUGUUAUCCUAAUAAAUCGUUUCAGUUUUGCUGAUGGAUUCUUGGAGCUAUGGAACCUCCCUUCUACCUUCUGAUUCCUUUCCUGAGAAUCCAAGAUCCAUCAUGGCUCAGGGACUCUCUAAUGAAUUUGACAAGGUUGAUGAUGUUAAUGGACUCUGUGCUGUUUCCUCUUCUUCAAACUUGUCUAGUCUAGAUUUCAAACUUAGGAGCUUUAUGGAUUACGGGAACUAUGAUGGUAAUACUUCCUCCACAGCUAAAAAGCCUCGAGCUUCUUCAAGCUCUCCCUUGUGUCAAGUCCAUGGGUGCAAUAUGGAUCUGAGCUCUUCCAAAGAUUACCACAAAAGGCAUAGAGUUUGCGAGGCUCACUCAAAGACUUCUGUGGUUAUCGUUAACGGUAUUGAACAGAGGUUUUGCCAACAGUGCAGCAGGUUUCAUUUCCUCUUGGAGUUUGAUAAUGGGAAAAGAAGUUGCAGAAGAAGAUUAGCCGGUCACAAUGAGAGAAGAAGGAAGCCUUCUUUCUAUUUCCUACACGGUAAGCAGCAGCGGCGGCGGCAUAAGCUUCUUCCUCAAGGUAACAAGUUUCAUGGUAGGCUCGUGAGUUUCAAAGAUGAGCCUAUGUUCCCUGCGGAAAACAUGAGUUUUUAUUCACCGGAAGCAGCUUCUGGUGUAUCUUCGAUUUGGGACUUGCAUGAGGCUGCGCCGCCACGUUAUACUUGUGCUCACUCUCUUCUGUCAGCUCAGUCCCAGCAACACUUGUCUGAAACUCAAAACCAAACUCUCAAUGCCUCAAUAAUAGACUAUCAUCACAUGCAACCGUUGAGGACCGAUCUUGGCAAUAGCAAAACUGAUUCUAGUUCAUGUAACGGUAAAGGAUCAUCCACGGUUGAUCUACUGCAACUUUCAUCACAUCUUCAAAGGAUCGAGCAACAACAGAGGAGUUUUACUAAUGAUGAUGUGAAGCACGAAUAUAAUAAUGAGCUUUAUUUCCCCUAGCUCCUAACAUAAAAUGUUGCAACAUUCUUAUUCCUGUGAGACCGGUUUGAGACUUUCUUGAUAAGGCAAAUCUAAGCUGCAUGGUUUGAUUAGUAAAAUAAAGAUUAAGUCUGGUUACAAGUGUUUUUGUAUCGGAUCUGAUCUUGUCUAUUAUUAUUAUUCGCCAGUCUGAAAUAAAAAAAAAUUGUUUCAGAUAUC